CCAAACACAACAAACACAUCAAAGUCUCCUAAACCUUCGAAAGAGACAUCAAAACAAAUUAAAGGAAAAACCAUUCCUUCUCUUUUAAUCCAAAGAAAUUCCAGCUCAAGCUUCUCAGUCACAAACAAUCCCAUUUUUCAUUUCUUUUCUGUCCCAAAUUUGCCUCUAAAUUUCUCCUUAAAACACUUCCAAUGUUGAUGAAACACAGAAAACUCUUCCCAGAUGAAACAGCCACAAACCAAACCCAAGAUUGUUAUGGCUUUUGUGAUCCAUUAUGCCCUUACAACUGCUACUCAAACCAAAAUUACUACUUGCCUCCACCACCGCCUUUCGGCGGCGAGAACUCAAGGCAAGAGAACCACAUCCCCUCCUACUUGAUCAUCCUUGUUUCUUUCUUCACUGUAAUUUUUGUUCUUGUUGGAUUCUACGUGAUCAAAUUGAAAUGCUAUGCUGAUUGGUGUGGCCCGAGAAGAGUGAACAACUCUGUUCCCUCUCAAAACUCUGAAGAGUUUCUCAAUGAGAACCAAGUUGAACACCCAGUGUGGCUAAUCGCCACAAUUGGGUUACAACAAUCAAUCAUAAACUCAAUCACAGUGUGCAAGUACAGAAAGGAAGAGGGUUUGAUCGAAGGAACCGAGUGUUCUGUGUGUUUAAACGAGUUUCGUGAAGACGAAACCUUGAGACUCUUACCAAAAUGCAACCAUGCUUUUCACAUCCCCUGUAUUGACACAUGGUUGAGAUCUCACACCAAUUGUCCUCUUUGCAGAGCAGGUAUUGUAACUGUAACCAACAAUGUUGCUCAUGAAUCAGCCAUGUCAAAUUCCGAAUCCUUGGAGCAGGAAAAUGCAAGCUUAGGAAGAAAUCAAGAGACCCAGAUGGAGAAUUCACAGAAUGAUGGUGGGUUAAGCAACAAUAUUGUUAGCACUGUUGUUUCAGAAAACAGGGGUGGAACAGGGGAAUCAAGUGAAGCACUAGAUGAAUCGAAUUCCAAGGUUCCUGAUCCACCUCAGAAUCAAACGGUUGUUACUAAUCCAAUUGAGGUGAAUUCUGUUUCCACUGAACAUGAAAGGCAUCACAAUAUUGAUCAUACACAGGAUGAAACAGAAUUGAACAGAGUUAAUCUUCUCUUGAAGCAAGAUGGUGAUCACUCAAAAACAUGUAGAACAGGAGCAGGAGCAAUGCGUCGUUCUUCAAUUGAAGAGUGUUUGCACAUAAGUCCGGUAUCAAUGAAAAGAUCAUUUUCAUGGAACGGGAGGAUUCUAUCUAGGAGAGGUUACAUGAGUCUAAACUCAACUCUUCCUUAUUAGAAAGAAAUCAAAUUGAAUGAGGUUUUGAUUCUGAAGAAUAAAAGGUAACUGUAGUUGAAGUUUAAUCUACCAUAUAUGGAGGCAUGUGAAAAUAACUCUGCUUUGUGUGUAUAUAUCAUAAGUCACAAUGUCCAAGUACCACUGAAGAAAGGGCUAGAUCCCACUAUAGGACAAGAGGUACGUUUGAAAGAGUUUAGUUUAGUGCCCUAUCCUUUGCUUCAGGACUGUGUUUCUAGAUGCUUGAUUUUGUAUUUAAUGGGGUCAUUGUGCUUACGCCUGAAAUAAAAAAAUGUAUCUAAAGAGCAAUUUAGGGACUUAGAUAAGGUCUCAUUUGGGCUCUACUUCCUGGUUUACAAGCUCUAGGGCAAUGCGACUUUAGGCUCGAAAAUUACAUAACUUUUGUCUUC